GGCAAGAAUCUUGUCAGUUGUGGUGGUGGUGCUGGGUCUGGGAGGCUCCCUUAGAUCUGCCCACGCCACAAGCUGCACCACCGCUGACACCACAGUGGAAGAGGGACAAACAGCACUCAUAAAAUCCACACAGGUGAUAGGUGGAGCGAGUUACUUCAACCUAUACAUGAAGGCACACAGUGGAUUCAAGGGGGUGGAAGUACAAGUGGAGGAGAGUGAUGGUGCUAUCCACUCUGCCUGGUUUCCGUACACGAGUGAGUGCUUCAACAGUGACAGGCAGUGGGUGCAGCUACUUGCAGGCACUUGGAUAACCAGGUAUAGGAUGUUCUUACGGUACAAGGCCAGGACGUGUUGGGACUACUGUACUGCCUCCACCGACCUCCGCCGCCCUGUUCGCCUCAGCUUAACGGCUCACGGCCCCUCCAGCUGGCUUGAAGGAUUACCACCUGAAAAUUGCAGUGUGGUUUAUUACUUUCCAGCCACAGCGCAGUACCGCAGCCUUUGUUCAGACCCUCCAGACAACGCCAUUGCCACCACCACAGCCACCACUGCUACUGCUAACGCCACUACUGCUGCUAUCACUAACGCCACUACUACUGCUACCACCACCACGCCCUCCUCUUACAGCCCGACGCAGGACAAGGAAAUGAUUAUUGCAGCAUUAGUAGCAGGAGUGGUGGUGAUGGUGGUUGCGGCGGCGGGGUGGUGGCUCUCUGCCAGAAGAAGAUCUCUGUAACAUUACGAAAUGUGGCGUUGUCUCAGACCCAGUCCCAGGCUCCUGUGACCAGCCCCCCCCACCAACACCAGCACACCACCGGCCAGGGACGCACCACGAACAACUACGCAGAACCAUUGUACUGUGACAUCCUGCCUGACGUCACGGACACUGCCGCCCCGGGCCGCCCCACAGACCAAGUCAUUGAAAGAUUCUACUACUACGAGAUCCUGCCGGACCUGUCAGCUCGGCGCGUGGCAGUGGUGGGGCCGCGGGCUGGAGAGGACACUCAGGGCCCACCCACCCACAUUGCACCGCCCCUUCCACCUCGCUACGAGAACCUGCCGCCCCACAGUGAUGCCGCCUCCCUCCACGGACACAUGCAGGCUGCGGCAGUCCGUGGGGCGCCCCUCUACGCCACAAUGCCCAGCAGGGGAACACGCUCUGCACUAUAUACAAAAACCAAUUCCAAUGUUUUGUGAAGGGGCAGUGGUGUGGUGGGCGGCACUGGCACUGUUCCCUCGGGGUGUGUCAGUGCCUUGGCUUGGCUUAGCUUGGCUUGGUUUGGCUUGUCAGAUCUUUUUUUAGGUUAAGAGGGGAAAUCAGGCCAAGGGGAACAACGACUGCAAUUAGAAAAGAAAGAAAGAAAGGUCCACCGAGGCUUUAGAGUCAGCCACGUGGGAUCAGUGUCUCGAAGCUUCCCUCUUCAAUGAGUGCAGGAGACAGGGAGGUGGAAAUACUGAAGCACAGACGCAGGCAGGGAGUUUUAGAAUGUAGCUGAUCUUUGUUUUGUUUGUUUGUUUGUUUGUGGCAGCCAGUGUGAUGCGGCCCAGUGUUGCAAGCCAGCUGAUAACAAGUCAGUCAGUUAAUUGCUGAUUGUUUCAUUAGUCACCCUUUUCACUUGUUACAUUACCAUACUGAUAUACAUUCCCUCACUUCGCUAGUAGUAGUAGUAGUAGUAGUAGUAGUAGUAGUAGUAGUAGUAGUGGUAGUGGUGGUGAUAUUAACACAGAAUAGGAAAAAAGAGAGGAAGAGAGGAGAAACCACCAUGAAUAAAACAAGAAAGAUUAUGAAAGGGAUAGAAAGUAAAUAAAAGAAAGAAAUAGAAUAUAUAACGAAGGUUUGCUACGUGUGUUUGCCCUGUGAGUUCCUGGCUGUGCCGCUUCGCUACCGACUAUGGCCAGCGAUCCCACGGUCUUUGAGAGUCUCGUGUCCUUCCUUUGUGUUCCUGUUGUGCUGUGAAAGAUGUGGACUACCUAACAACAGAUUAAAAGAUAUAGAAAGAUAGAUAGAUAGAUGCAGAGAGAGAGAGAGAGAGAGAGAGAGAGAGAGAGAGAGAGAGAGAGAGAGAGAGAGAGAGAGAGAGAGAGAGAGAGAGACUUGUUCAGCAAUAUAACUUCUCCAAGCAAAGACGUCACUUCCUGUUACGCCCUUCUAACCUGUCCGCCUCCUCCACACGCAAAGAAAUCAGUCAUGGAGAGAGUUUUGUUAGUUCUGGUAGUGGUGUUUGGUCUGGGAGGCGCCCCUAUCCUCGCCCACGCCACAAGCUGCACCACCGCUGACACCACAGUGGAAGAGGGACAAACAGCACUCAUUAUAUCCACACAGGUGAUAGGUGGAGCGAGUUGCUUCAACCUAUACAUGAAGGCACACAGUGGAUUCAAGGGGGUGGAAGUACAAGUGGAGGAGAGUGAUGGUGCUAUCCACUCUGCCUGGUUUCCGUACAUGAGUGAGUGCUUCAACAGUGACGGGCAGUGGUCGCAGUUUUUGGCAGGCACGUGGAUAACUCAGCACAGUAUGUAUCUGCGUUAGAGGGCCAGAACGUGUUGGCAUUACUGUAGUGCCAUCACCAGCCUCCGCCGCCCUGUUCGUCUCAACGUAAUGGCUCACGGCCCCUCCAGCUGGCUUGAAAGAUUUCCAGCUGAAAAUUGCAGUGUGGUUUAUUACUAUCCAGCCACAUCGCAGUACCGCAGCCUUUGUUCAGGCCCUCCAGACACCGCCAUUGCCACCACCACAGCCACCAGUACAACUACUAACAUUACUACUACUCCUAUCACCAACGCUACUACUACCGCCACUAACACCACGCCCCUCACUUACAGUCUGACCCAGGACAAGAAAAUAAUCUUUGCGUCAGUGGGAGGAGUGGUGGUGGUGGUGGUGGCGGCGGCCGGGGUUGCGGCUCUCUGCCGGAAGAAGAUCUCUGUGACAUUACGAAAUGUGGCGUUGUCUCAGACCCAGUCCCAGGCUCCUGUGACCAGCCCCCCCCACCAACACCAGCACACCACCGGCCAGGGACGCACCACGAACAACCACGCAGAACCAUUGUACUGUGACAUCCUGCCUGACGUCACGGACACUGCCGCCCCGGGCCGCCCCACAGACCAAGUCAUUGAAAGAUUCUACUACUACGAGAUCCUGCCGGACCUGUCAGCUCGGCGCGUGGCAGUGGUGGGGCCGCGGGCUGGAGAGGACACUCAGGGCCCACCCACCCACACUGCACCGCCACUUCCACCUCGCUACGAGAACCUGCCGCCCCACAGUGAUGCCGCCUCCCUCCACGGACACAUGCAGGCUGCGGCAGUCCGUGGGGCGCCCCUCUACGCCACAAUGCCCAGCAGGGGAACACGCUCUGCACUAUAUACGAAAACCAAUUCCAAUGUUUUGUAAAGGGGCAGUGGUGUGGUGGGCGGCACUGGCACUGUUCCCUCGGGGUGUGUCAGUGCCUUGGCUUGGCUUAGCUUGGCUUGGUUUGGCUUGUCAGAUCUUUUUUUUAGGUCAGUCAAUGAAUUGCUGAUGGUUUCAUUAGUCACCCUUUUCACUUGUUACAUUACCAUACUGAUAUACAUUCCCUCACUCCGCUAGUUAGUAUUACCCCAGUGAGAAAUGGCCGAUAGGGGGAGGAAACCAUGUAGACUCUCUCACCAGCAGUACGUAUAGGCGCUCCGUUUGCCUUCUUUUCCAGUAAAUAGCUAUUGGCAUUGUAAAUAACUGCCUUAGCUUGGCUGUGAAGGUUGCCAUAUGACGAGCUGGAAGCAGAGGAAUGAUUCAUAGCGAGAAUGUGUGUCUGUAACGCUAAGAAUUCCUCCACUGCCGGUGUGGUGAAGGAAGGGGCAGUGUCGCCCUCCCCCGCUCAUUGCCACGCUUACCACAGGGAGAAACGAAACCUUUAGGCAGAAAACACCCUUUGAAUUUCACCUCAGUGGUGGUGUGAAACAAAUAAUAAUAAUAUAUAAUAAAUCAAAUGAAAUAUAAUAAAUCCGGGAAUAACUUCAGAAAUACACCAAGUUAUAUAGAAGCACAGAGAGAGAGAGAGAGAGAGAGAGAGAGAGAGACAGAGGCAGAGGGUACGUAGGUUGAGCGGGGUUGCAGAAAGAAGUAGGCGGUGAUAAUGGUGCCAUAGAGGGAAUCCCUUUGCCACGCCCUCACGGACAUUUGCGGCGUAGUUAGUAGUAGUAGUAGUAGUAGUAGUAGUAGUAGUUGUUGUUGCUGCUGUUGUUGUUGUUGUUGUUGUUGUUGUUGUUGUUGUAG